GCAGGAGGAACACCAGGAGGAGUAAAAGACAGACACACAGGUAUCUGUACGUCAUGGCAGAGAGCGCCAAUGUGGAUCAGUUGCUGGCGGCCUUCAGAAGGUUUGCGCUGCAUGGCGACACAAAGUUGUCUGGAAACGACCUCAACGGGAAGAAGUGGGCCAAACUGUGCAAAGACUGCAAGAUCAUCGACGGAAAGAACGUCAGCCUCACCGACGUGGACAUCGUCUUCUCCAAAGUCAAGCAGAAGUCGUCUCGGGUCAUGACCUUUGAGGAGUUCCAGACAGCUCUGCAGGAUCUGGCUCCAAAGAGGUUCAAAGGUCAGAGCAGAGAGGAGGCGGAGCUAGCCAUGUUCAGGCUGGUGGAGGGGGGAGAGCCCAGCAAUGUGGGGGUGACGAAAGUGGCGAAGACAGCGGCGGUGGACCGUCUGACCGACACGUCUCGGUACACCGGAUCUCACCGGGAGCGCUUCGACCAGAGUGGGCGGGGCCGAGGCCGCGAGGGCCGCGAGGAAAUCGUGGAGAACACGGGAUACGUGGGAGCGUACAGACAUGCUGGAACGUACAACAGCAAGACGAAGGAGAAGUGA